GAGACCAAAAGCAAACUCUCUUUACGAGCACGGCAUUCCUCAGCUCAACAUUUUUUAACAACGCUCCACGAUGGGCAAGGAAAUCAUAACCACAAUCUCUCCUAUAACCGGCCAGCCACUGCUGAUCCGAGAGGGAGUCUCACCCGAAGACUUCCUGUCGAUCGUUGAGAAGUCCAGCCAUGCCUUCUCGACCUUUCGCCACACCCAUCCUUUGAAGAGGCGGCAGGAGGUCGUCAAGAAAGCUUUAGAAAUCCUUUCUAGAAAGAGUGAUCUCUUAGCUCAGGAAUUGACAGAGCAGAUGGGGAGACCCAUCGCUUACACUGGCUCGGAGAUAUCGACUGCGAGAAUGAGGGCGGAAUACCUCCUGAAGGUUUCAGACGAGGUCUUACGGGAUUCCCCCGGUGAAGAGCAGGAGGGAUUUAGAAGGUUCAUUCGAAAGGAGCCUUUGGGAGUGGUAGGACCUCUCUAAUAUUCACGUCAAUAAAUCCCCGGCUGGGUUUCGGACCGGAUCGCUAUAAUUCCUGCUAACUCUUUGGGUCUUGUAGAUCUUGGUAAUCUUCGCUUGGAACGUGAGUCUAUCUAUCCCCUAGCGGGUGUCCAUCCAGAUUGCCAUUUUUGGAAGUUCAUGGGGGCGGAUAACUGAUUGGGGAGUUCUAGUACCCGUACCUUAUUUUAAUAAACUCGCUUGUCCCAGCUAUCCUUGCUGGGAAUACCUUACUCCUGAAACCGUCCCCGCAAACACCAACAGUGGCCGAACACAUUGUCUCGAUAUUCACCGAGGCAGGCCUCCCGGAGAACGUAUUGCAGACAGUUCACUGUGGGGCCCCUAAGACGCUCGAGUCUUUUGUUUCUCAUCCGGAUAUCCGCUCAAUAGCCUUCACAGGAUCCGUGUCUGGGGGAGUUGCCGUCCAGAAGGCAGCUGCGUCAAGAGUUGUCCCCGUCGGGCUCGAGCUUGGAGGGAAAGACCCAGCCUAUGUUCGUCCGGAUGUGAACCUGACUUGGGCUGCGGAAAACAUAGUCGAUGGUGCAAUAUUUAAUUCCGGCCAGAGCUGCUGCUCGAUUGAGCGGGUCUAUGUUCAUGAGAGUGUCUAUGACGAUUUCUUAAAAGCGGCGGUCAAGGUCUUGGAAGGCUACAAGCUCGGGGAUCCACGUGACAAGAACACGCAGAUUGGUCCUGUUGUCUCAGCCAGAUCUGCGAAGACCAUUUCCGAACAUAUCAAAGAUGCGGAGGCUAGAGGGGCCGUAAAUCUUACUCCGAAAUCAGUAUUUGCUGAGGGUGUCCGAUUGGGUGAAACAUUUGUUAGACCAGAGCUUUUGGCUGGGUGCGACCACAGCAUGCGGAUCAUGACCGAGGAGACAUUCGGGCCUACGGUUCCUGUCAUGAAAGUAUCCAACGACGAAGAGGCUGUAAAGUUGAUGAACGACUCGCGAUUUGGCCUAACGGCUAGUAUUUGGACCAAGGACGCUGAGAUUGGUGAACGGUUGGUGGAACGGGUUGAAGCGGGCACAGUAUUCGUUAAUCGCUGCGAUUAUCCUAGUCCGGUACGUUCUACUCGAGUAGAUCCCUUUCCUGUUACUUUGCUUUUUGGGACCUUGUUCUCUGUGUAUUGUUGUUACAGGUCAUGUUUUAUGGCUAUGUAAAUGCUUUGUUUGCCCAAGAACUCACCCUUCUCAAUCGAUGCUUCGGUGACAAAUUCUGCUUUUGGGAGCAACGGAAAAGCCGUUGGUUUCAUUGUUCUGUGGAAUUGCCCUUCCUCGCCUUAUUGAGUUAAUCUUUGCUGCAUCUCACGUGUGAAUUUAUUGUUUAAAAGUGUGAUAAUGUCUCUGGCUGACCGGUGAAAUUGCAUCAUACAUAGGAUCUUGCAUGGACCGGUUGGAAGGAUUCGGGCAGAGGUGUAACUCUGAGCAAGUUUGGUUUCGAGGCAUUUGUGAAGCUGAAGAGCUUUCAUUUGAAGAGCUGCCCGGAACUAGAUAAGUAAAUCACUAAUGGAAAAAGUGUUAAUCUUGGGACGGGCGGCUGGAUGUUUAAGGUUUGACAUAUUUGUUGGAGGCCCUUUUCCCCUCUUUUUUUUUUACGGUUUCUCCAGUGCUAUAGUCUAUUGAUGCGCUUGCUUGCAGGAAAAAGGGGUAUUUUGUUCUGGCACUACUAGCUUUUUUCCGAUUUGAAAUAAACGUUAUGCAAUGGAACCUUUGAUAUAAACAAAUGUACUUGAACCUCUCCUUUGGGAAUUAUCUGCUGAAGUUUGGUGUCUGUCAUACCGGCACUCUACACAAAGUUGGUCUUGUGACGAUACAUAGUUAACCCGCUAGACGGGUCAUGGCUAGUUCGGGUGGUCACUUCGCCUUUGCGUUGGACAUCUGUAGAACCCGCAUUUGCGGAUUGAACCGACGACAGCACUAAGCCGUUUGAAUAGAUGGGAAUUUUUUGGUUACCUACCUACCUGCUCAUACUGUACUCGAGUACAGUACUCUGCGGCUU